AUGUUUGGCUGGUCACGUGACAUGAUUAGCUAUUUUUCCACGGAGAAUCCACGGGAAGUUAUUCUUGCAUUUUUGGUCGCUACAGCGCUUUUUGAGCUUUUCCAAUUGGAUUUUCCGCCCUUGGAGGGGAGGGGGAUUUAUUACUGUAGCACACAGCACAGUAGUAGCUACAGUAGAGUUGUUUCCGUACUUUGUCAAACAAAGUUCGGCCCCACAUCUUACGUCUACAGGGUCGUCUUAUUUAGUCUUAAAGGCGAUACAAGAAAAAGCCUGCAAAGUGCGGGAUGCACCUUAUUCCCGCAUGUGAAGGUGGGAGGUGCGCUCACAGUUUGA